AUGAAUAAAAAGUCGUAUACGAUAAAAGAAGCAUUAGAAAUAUUGCUUGCUCCGUGUUCUGAUUCCGAGAUGUCAGACUUAGAUGAACUUGAUGAAGAAGAAGCAGCUCUGCAACCAUCCUGUGAUGUUGAUUCUGACAUAGAUCUUAUGGUGGAAGAUAAUGAUGCAGAAAAGAAUAAAAAUACUACAAAUAAACAAAAAGUUGAAUUCUGUAAAGACUCGACAAUGUUUGAAAAGUAUAUCCCUCAAUGGGAAAAUAAAACUCCUCCUGUUAUCAAUGCAGACUUUUUAGGACAAGAAUUUAGUUUACCUCCAGAAAAUUUUGAUACUUGGACCCCAUAUACCUACUUUAAAAUGUUUUGGAAAGAUGAGCUAAAUAAAUUAAUUUCGGAGCAAACAAACCUAUAUAGUGUUUUCAAAACAUCAAAAUCCAUAAACACCAACACACAAGAGAUCCAGCAAUUUAUUGGUUUACAAAUGUUAAUGUCAAUUGUGAAUCUCCCUUCAUAUAAUAUGUAUUGGGCAAAUGAUACUCGAUAUGCACCAAUAGCAGAUGUUAUAAACUGUAUUUUAGUUGAACCCGAAAUUGAACACUCAAUUGACGAACAAAUUAUUCCUGCAAAAACCAAAUAUAGCGGUAUUCACCAGUACAACCCCAAAAAACCUGUAAAAUGGGGAUUUAAAAACUUUGUACGUUCUGGAUCUUCAGGCCUUAUUUAUGAUUUUUUUUUGUAUUCUGGCUCCGUUGACAACCAAAAGUGCACGGGUUCUUAUGUAGUACAUAGAUUAAUCGAAACACUACCAAGAAACCAAAACUUCAGGCUUUAUUUUGAUAAUUGGUUUGCUUCAAUACCAUUGUUUCUUUCAUUGAAGGAAAAGGGAUUUUUAGCAGCAGCCACCCUUCGAUCUGAUCGAGCAAAAGGUUGUCCAUUGCCCCAUGAAAAAGAUCUUAAAAAAAUCGGAAGAGGUAGUCACAGUUUUCAAGUUGAUGCUAAGAGCGGCUUAGCAAUUACUAAAUGGUAUGAUAGUAAGUGCGUUCAAAUGAUUACUAACUAUUGUAAACCGCAAUCAGUUGGCAAGGAAUAUAAUAAAUCAAUGGGUGGAGUCGAUCUUUCUGAUAUGUUGAUAGCACUAUACAGGACAUCAAUAAAAACAAAACGAUGGGACCUCAAGAUCUUAUUUCAUUGCAUUGAUAUAGCAAAAGUAAAUGCUUGGCUCAUCUAUCGACGCCAUAGUAAUCAAUUAAAAAAGCCUAAAAAAUGUCAACUUAGUCUAUUACAGUUUACAGUUUCUAUAGCAUCUGCUCUUGUUAAAACAAACAUCAUACAAAAAUCUGUUGGGCGACCUUCUAAAAGGAAAUCUAAUGUCGGAUUGCCAAUCGAGCAAAGAAAACGCCCAGUGCAUUUACCAGCUGACGAUGCUCGGUUUGAUAGUACUAAUCAUUUUUUGUAA